UCUGAAGACCAUAUCAAAGAAGUGUCAAUGUCGGAAUCUCCAAUCGUACUCGUACAAAGGCCACCGACGUUUGAUUUCAUGGACGAGCUUCUGGGUCGUAACUUCCCUAUUCUCACGACUCACCACACCUCAUCGGUUCCACUCCUGAACUCCCUCUCCCGUCACGCUUCCUCCAUCAGAGCCGUCGUCAACAUGGGCAUGCUCAAGAUUGACGCCGACCUCCUCUCCCACCUCCCUUCUCUCCAGCUCCUCGUCUGCACCAGCGUAGGCACCGACCACAUCGACCUCUCUGAGUGCAAGCGUCGCGGCAUCUCCGUCGCCAACGCCGGCGAAGCCUUCUCGGAAGACGUGGCGGAUUGCGCCGUCGGUUUGUUGAUUAGCCUCCUCCGUCAGAUUCCAGCGGCUGACCGUUACGUCCGGUCGGGUAAGUGGGCGAAAUCCGGAGAGUUCCAGCUCGGAAUCAAGCUAAGCGGGAAACGAGUUGGGAUACUUGGACUAGGGACCAUAGGAUCCCUUAUCGCUAAAAGACUCGAUCCCUUUGGCUGCAUCAUCUCUUACAACUCAACAAGUCAGAAACAGAGCAUCCCAUACCUAUACUACCCGGACGUUCUCUCCUUAGCGGCAAACAACGAUGUUAUCGUCCUCUGCUGCGCUCUGAAUGAUCAGACUCGUCACAUCGUGAACAGAGAAGUGAUGGAGUCGCUUGGGAAAAACGGGUUUAUAAUCAAUGUGGGACGAGGAGGACUGAUUGAUGAGGAGGAGUUGGUUAAGUGUCUGGUCGAUGGUGUGAUUGGUGGUGCCGGUUUAGAUGUGUUUGAGAAAGAACCAAGAAUUCCUACGGAGUUGUUUGGUUUGGACAAUGUUGUCUUGUCCCCACAUGCUGCUAUGGCCACGCCAGAGUCUUUGGACAAUAUUGCGCAGCUUGCUUUAGCUAACUUGAAGGCGUUUUUCUCGAACCAGCCAUUGAUUUCUCCGGUUCGGUUAGAUUGAAAGAUCGUCCGGUUAGAUCAAAGCCACUAGUAAUCAACCUAUUUUAACUUCUUAUAACGAUAUGAUUAUGAAAAAAAAGAAAGUCUAAAUUACUUCCAAACUAGAUGACUUCCAAAUGUUGUAGAAUACUAUCAUUUAAAUAUUAUUUACGUAAAUAAGAUUAUAUAUAUUUAAAAUUUAUGAUAAUUUCGAUAAAUUAAAUUUGUUUAUAAAAAUUGAUAGAAAUUUUUUUUAUUGGCUAAUUAUGUAAGAAUAACAUUGAAUUUUAUUAUAUUAUAUUAGUCAUCUCUU